CGGAAGUCCUUCGGAAAGGGGCGGUUCCGUGUCAGGUGAUCAGAGUUCGCGUAGGAGGGGUCAGAGGUCCGAUCCUAAAGACUGACGGGGCGGUAGGACCGGCCAGUCGCGGACAGACCGACAGCCUGGCACGGCCUUGGAGGCGAUAGCUCCGCGGAGGAGGAUUUCCCUGGCAGAAUCUUCACCAAAAACUUUGCUGACAGCCAAGGAUGGCGAGCAAGGGGCCGUCGGCCUCUGCAUCCCCUGAGAACUCCAGCGCAGGGGGCCCCAGUGGGAGCAGCAACGGCGCUGGGGAAAGCGGAGGGCAGGACAGCACCUUCGAGUGCAACAUCUGCCUGGACACAGCCAAGGAUGCCGUCAUCAGCCUGUGUGGCCACCUCUUCUGUUGGCCAUGUUUACAUCAGUGGUUGGAGACCAGACCUAAUCGACAGGUGUGUCCAGUUUGCAAAGCUGGCAUCAGCCGAGACAAAGUCAUCCCGCUCUACGGCAGGGGCAGCACUGGACAGCAGGACCCCAGAGAGAAGACCCCUCCCCGUCCUCAGGGACAGAGACCAGAGCCAGAGAACAGAGGGGGAUUUCAAGGAUUUGGAUUUGGAGAUGGUGGCUUUCAGAUGUCUUUUGGAAUUGGGGCAUUUCCCUUUGGGAUUUUUGCCACAGCAUUUAACAUAAAUGAUGGGCGACCUCCUCCAGCUGUCCCUGGGACGCCCCAGUAUGUGGAUGAGCAGUUCUUGUCACGCCUCUUCCUGUUUGUGGCCCUGGUGAUCAUGUUCUGGCUCCUGAUAGCCUAAUGCUGGACUCUGCCUGCAUCCAUCCGUCCAGAGCCACUGGACUGGUCACGUGCCACCCUCACUCCUGGUGUUUGGCUUCCUGGCUAAUCCUGACCCCUGCAAUCAGUGGGGGUUGUAACACAUCAAGGAGUCUCGCUUCUCCCUCAGAACUUGGGAGCUCAAGACGAGUUGUCAAGGAUCCCCGAGUGUCACCACUGCUGUAAACACCCUGCUGUAACCUCAGGCCUUGGCUCUGAGUCCUCUCUCACCAGUGACUCCGUGAGAUCCUGUUCCAGCCAGUUUAGCAGGUCCUGACUGCACAGGGAGGAGGUGGGGUCGAGGCACUCGGAGUGCCAUCUCACCGGAGCUUAGUCCUGCGAAACCAAGGGAUGAGCCAAAUGGUAUUUCUGGAAACUUGCAUCUCUUCGCCCUUGAUAGAGGCCUCAGAAGCCAGAGGGGCUUCUCAUACCGAGGGGGUUCUCCCUUCCCGUGCUGCUCUGUUCUCUUUCCUCAUACUGCCCCACCCCCAACCCUGCACCCCUUCCUCAGCAGAGACUCAAGAAAUUACUGUCCCAGGAAGACCCUAAUUGUGGCAGCUGAAGCUGGUGUCAUUUCAUGAAGUCACCAGAGAUGCAAAGAUCUCUUAGCGGCCCUGGUGUCUUCAGCCCCAGAGAGCAGCUGGAGCGGCCUCCGGAUCUCUCGUCAGCUUUCCUGCCGAACCUGUGUGCACCUGACUCCCCCUGGCAGAGGGCACAUGGCCUAGACUGCCGCUGACGCCGGGACCGACUGCUGUGUGUUAGGAGAGACCUGGUGCCAGGGCUUUGGAGCUCUGCAGGAACAAGCAAGGAGCAGCCCUGCCCGACCUCGAGGCUGUGAGAGCUGGGCCCCACCCAGAGAAAACCGGCGCUCUGUCAGCUCAGCCCAGCCGCGUGUUCAAGACCACCAUCCUCAGAGGCUGAGUUGUGCUUUGUGAAGACACGCGAAGAGGGAGAGCAGCAUGUGAGCGGGUCUUGGUGUAGCUGCUUGGCUGAAGCCUGUGCAGCCUGGGCCUCCCGAGCAGCCGCCUUGUUGAUUGGGCAAGCCAGGCAGCAGGGCCUGGGAGCCUCCACACAGCGGGAUGAUGUGGGCUUCCUUCCGUGGAAUCCGGGGAAAGCAUCCAACCCAAGCCCUUGAUCUGUUUCUCAGUUCCAAAUCUGACUGACGUAGUAUGGGCCCUGGCAGGUAAGGGCCGUUCACCUGGUGGGCUGUGCUGUUCCUCCUCUGCCAGCCACCUCCUGCAGAACCCCGAGGGUGACGAGAGAUGGACUUCCUAACAUCGCCAGCCACACUGCCCCUGGCUAACCCCAGCAAGAGCCACAAAAUGCUAGAAAGCCACACUUAGUGCUCCUCCCCCGCCCCCAAUAUGACUCUGUUUCUAGUUUGUGGAAACCAAGCCCUUGAAGAUGGUGAGGGAAGCCCUCCUCCCCUCUCUGCAGCCCCCACGCCUUCCCCUUUGCACCUGUCAGUGCCAGAGUUCAGUGUUUAAAGAGACAAAACAAAGUGUUGAGCUGGUGGUUCAGCUGCUGAAUCCACGUGAGUGGGAAUAAACCGCAGCCCUGCGGCGCGCCUGAUGGGCCUUCGGCAACCUUGGGCACUCACUCAGGUGCGCUGUUCUCCUCACCUUCCGGAAGUCCCCAGCAGAGGGCCCUUGGCGUUCCUCUGCCGUAGAGAGAGUUGGGCGUGCAACUGCCUGAAUGCAGCAGCCCCCAGCUAGAGGAGGGAGAGAAGACUUGGGGUACAUGGCCUCAGCAAAGCUGAGUUUCCAGAAGGAAGAUUCAAGAAGACUUGUGGAUAGGACGAUGAAUCGCUUGGACUCUAAAGAAACAGGGUGAGCCCAGGAGAGCUCUGCCAGCAGAGGCAUCUUGGGAACCUGCCAGCAAGGCCAGGCCGACCACACCCUUUGCUUCUGAACCUCAGAGGUCCCCAUUCACCCUCCGCCAGGAGCUGGGGCAGGAGAGCCGACAGGGAGCCCUUCCGCUACCCCUCCACGGGCUCACCCGCUCCCCCUCUGCGAAGGCAGCGCCCCUCUCUUUCAUGUGUUUCCCGUGUUCUCAGCCUCUAGCCGCCUCCUGCUACCCUUGUGGACUAGGACCAGACCCGGUUCCUGACCACAGGCAGAAAAUGGUGAAAUAUGUACAGUGGCACACCUCGACCAGUCACUAAUUUUCACUGUGGUGAAAGUGAUUUCGACUUAGAAUUAAACAAAUGGUUUUACAUUA